AUGCUAAGGAAGGGCACUUCAACUAUAUACACGGCACACAAGAAAAGUAACAGCAGCAUACUCAGGAGUCAACGAGACCAAACUAAGGUGGAAUCGCUAGUAGAAGAAUCACCGAUAGGUGAUUUUGGGAUUCAUAAUCAACCUACACAACCUGGUGUGAUAUACUAUUUCGUGGAGUUGACAAAUUUAGGCAUACACGAUAACACAAGCAGUAAUAAUAACAAUAACAAUAACAACCAUAGCGACGAUGAAAACGGUAGUCGAUACGGUCAGGGUAGCAGCUUAGGUAGGAACGUCCAUUCCCGCCGUUAUUCAUGA